AUGGAGCCCACGGCCUCGCAGGUGUUCUGCGGGCGAGUGCUGGGCAUGGUCAACGCUGAGGACGUCAACGCCAUCAUCCUGGCCCAGAAAAACAUGUUGGAUCGAUUUGAGAAGACCAACGAGAUGUUGCUCAACUUCAACAACCUCUCCAGCGUCCGCAUGCAGCAAAUGAACGAGCGGUUCCUCCACCACACUAAAACGCUGGUGGAGAUGAAGAAAGAUCUGGACAGCAUCUUCCGGAGGAUCCGGACACUGAAAGGAAAGCUGGCGAAGCAGUACCCGGAGGCGUUCAGCAACAUCCACGAAUCUCCCAUCCUAGAAGACGACGACGACUUCGACCCCGUCCCAAAAAGCACGACAACCACCAUUGCUACCUCUGAGCAGAGCACAGAGUCCUGCGACACCAGCCCUGACAUCAUCUCUCCCACCAUGAGUCAGGAUUUUGAGGAUUUAUCCCAAGGCCAGUAUGAUCUACCAGCUGUGAACGGACAGAGUCUCACAGAUGAGGACACAGCCAACGACCUGGACUAG